AUGUCGGACGAUUGGGAAUCUUCAACGGUUAUUGGGCAAAGAGUGAGAACUGGAGGUGGUGGCGGACCUAGAGCCAAUGUUGCGAGAUCGCAGGGCCAAAUCAACGCAGCAAGAAGACAGGGGUUGGUGCUUUCUGUGGACAAGAAAUAUGGUACUACGAACACCAAGGCUGACAGUGAAGGCCAGCGGCUGACCAAGGUGGACCGGGAAACGGAUAUCGUCAAGCCAAAGAAACUUGACCCCGAAGUCGGUAAAGCCAUCUCGCGCGUUCGUACAGAGAAGAAGCUAUCCCAGAAGGACCUAGCUACCAGGAUCAACGAAAAGCCCACCGUUAUUAACGAUUACGAGGCAGCCAGAGCGAUUCCUAAUCAGCAGGUUUUGGGUAAAUUGGAAAGAGCUCUUGGUGUCAAACUGAGAGGCAAGGCCAUUGGCGAGCCGUUGGGUGGCCCCAAAAAGAAGUAA